AUGGAAAAAAGCCACAGGCUGCACGGGCUCGAACUCCCCCCGUCAAUCGAAUUUGACAACUACGAGGGGGGGGUCAAAAUGACGAAAAGGCUGAGCAUAAAAAACACUACGAAAAAGUUAAUACGGUUUAGGUUCCUCUUCCAAAGUAGCGUAUAUUUUACUUACCCUCUGCAGGAGGUAGAAAGCAUCAGUGCAGGGUUAAACAAAAGCUACCCCAUAACAUUCUUCAACCCUGUAAACGAUUUCCAAACUGUGAAUGAAACGUUAAGUAUAGUGAUCGAAGACAAGCAGAGGGACAAGAGAGUGACAAAUGUAACUUUCAACAACCUAUGUGAAGACAGUGGAGAGAAAGGGGUCAGUGACAUAAUCCAAAUGAUCAACCAGGAAGAUGUUCAGGUGCGUUUAAUAAAAAAAAGAAUCCAGUUAAACUGGGUUGCCGUGCUGCCCCAAAUUAUCAUUCUUUCCGACCAAGACAGGCAGAUCUUCCAUCAAAGCGUGGUCAACUUUGGCGAAGUGGCCCUAGGACAGCGACUCACCAGAUCGAUAUAUUUGCAUAACGUUACCACUGCCCCCAUAACGGUGAGGGUGAAGAAUGCGAAAAAUGCAAAUGCAAAUGCAAAUGCGAAUGCUAAUGCGAAUGCUAAUGCGAAGAAGAGCAACGUUUUCCACCUUUUAAAGGAACAAUUCACAAUAAAGGAAGGUUCCAAAGAGGAAAUCAUUUUGCACAUCAACGGACAGAACCAAGUUAACCAAUACACAGAAAUGAUACAGUUCAAAGCAUGCACAGAUUACUGCAUCGAACUAUUCUUCAUUUGUGAAAUUAAAAAUGUGAAGUUACACUUUACCAAGGUGGUCUACCUUUUGGAAAAUCUCAAGUUGGGAGAUAGCGUGACGGAAAAAAUUACCAUCAGAAAUGACGACGACACGGAUGUUCAUGUCGAAAUUGUAAACCUUGGAUACAUAUUUACCGCUAAGAGCACCAAUUUUGUUGUGAAAAAAAAUUCAUACCACUUUGUGAAUCUUACGUACCAUUGUAUAUACCCCGUCAAUGUGUACAAGAGAUUAUAUUUCUUGGUUCAUUUGAAUAAACAAAUUUUUUACGUUGAUAUCAUUUGCAACUAUUCUGUUAGCUACAAAAUGUGUCCUCUUUCGAUGCAUCACGUAUUUAGAAGUAAGCACUUUAUCCAUGAUAAGCAGACCUUAUACAACUCUUACUAUGACAAGAAGGACUACAUCGACAUCUGGGACUUUCCCCUCGAGUUUGACUCCUACGAGGAUUCCACCUACGAGAUGAUACAUGAGAUAGUGCAGGCGGACGACGGUGACCUCUUCGUAGUCCCCCAGCAAUUGGAAAUCCUAGAAUCGGAAGAAAAAGACAUCAUGAUUAUAAACAAAACACCUGUGGAGUACACCUGCGUUUGGUCCAACGCGGUGGACCAGGGGAGAGGACAGCGCAGCAUAUUUCAGAUCCACCCUGCGGAGGCUCAGCUGCUACCCUUUGGGUGCCAGACGUUUAGGUAUGAAAUUCAUCGUAGUGAUGAUGUUCCCAAAUGCUCCCCCUGCUGGAGCGAAGCAGUAAAAAAUGCAAAGGCUUUGAAGGAGAAAUAUACGAGGGAAGUAUACGAAUGCAUUGUCUUCCCCUCCAACAACAGGGACUAUAGGAAGUGUAACAGCAAAACGUUGUUACCCCCUCGGUUCCUAUAUGUCACUCUGUUUCAGUUUAAAAUAAAGUACCUAUGUGAGACGGAGAAUGUUCUUGACAGCCUGUGCGUCUACCCCAAACAGAUUUCCUUUUUGAAUAUUAUCGAAGAGGAAAACGCCCACGCCGUUGUGAGGUUUUGGAAUAGUUCGGACGUCGCACAGCUGGUUGACUUCACUCCAUUCAAGGGCGACGUGGAAUCGAUCAGAGUCGCCCCGCUAGUGAACUACGUACCCAGAAGGGGCUCCCUAAACGUCCUUAUCUUUUACUCCCCCAAGAAGGCGCACCUAACCGAGGGAGAAAUUAAACUGCACUAUUUAGUAAAUGGCAUUGAAAAAAAGCAUAUCUCCGUUUUCGUCUCGCAUGAGAUAAACAGCGUCUUGCUCAACGGGGGGGACCCCAACAUAGUAAGUCCAUGCAUCACAAAUGUGCAAAAGGGUGUACAUGUGUGGCCUUCCAGCAAAGUCACCUUUGUCUGUUCUUUACUUGCAAAGUGUUGCUGCGGGAUGACCCGCACGCAUAUGCGAAGCGGGGCCUACGUUGUCUACAUUAACCUACCGUGCGUAAGCACCGACACGGAGAGCUCCAAAAAAGUGGCCAUCGAAAACAUGACGGAGAGAAACGUCCUCUGCAUGCUAGUUAAGGAAGAUGCAACCUCAAUUCUGGGAAUUCAUAUAAAGGGGAAUAAUCAUCCCCCCUUGGGAGCGCAAAGUGGAGAGGAAUGCACACCUCAUAGGAACAACCAAGUGGAAGAAUUAAACACAUGGCAAUUACAAAAUGGGGAGGAAGAACAAAAUGAAGGAACUAGCUCACUUACAAAUGAAGAUAAAAAAUACACCUUUUACUUCUUCUGUUUAUUACCGUUUGAAAAAAGGAACAUCUACAUCUGUGCCUCUUCCGAUUCUACGUUAAAGAAAUCGGUGCCGCUGCUCCUCUCCUACAUGCUGUACAUAAAUGAGGAAGACAUGAGGAGCAAAUUUACGUUUAUGAAGAAGAACAUGAAGGACCACAUCAAACGGUGUAGGCGGUUCCUUGUGCACGUGAACAUAAUCAAGUGUGCCCUGUCGUUGCACCCCAAAGUGGUUGAGAGCGAGCCGAUUAUAGUAGGCUCGAAGUUUAACGCGAAGAUAAAGAUUCACAACGAACACCCCGUUAAAGUAAAUUUUAAAACAAAGACUGAAAUUAUCCAAAUAGGAAACAGGAAAAUAUUUGAUGAAGAAGAAAUUAAAGAGGCAGACAGAAAUGUUGUAGUAGAAAAAAGCGAAGAUGUGAUUAAUUCCUUUUCGAGCAAAUAUGCCUACGUCUCUUUUAAGACCAGCCAGCAGGGCCAUUUCGUCUACCGCUUUUGCGUCAUCGUGGGAGGUAAAAGGGAGAAGUGGCGCAGUAGCGAAGUGUCGAAAUGGCGCAGUAGCGAAGUGUCGAAAUGGCGCAGUGGAGAAGAAAUAAGUAGCAGCAUAGGCAGAAGAUCAAAGGCGCCCCAGAACCACGUCGACAUUGUACUCAAAGUGGUGAUGCCCUAUUUCCAAAUUAUCGACAUAAAUGAUUUUAAAACGCCACAAUCCAUAUACUGGAAUAUGAUUUCCGCGGAUCGGAUAAAUUCGUACGUCCUUUUCCUUGAGCACUUGCUACUUUGUUAAAUGAAAAAGCUUUUCAACCAGUUUGACUACAUACCAUUUAAUGUUGGAAACAACACGCUCAACGAGGUGACAAGAGUAAACUUGGUUUUAUUUAACCCACUCAAUGUGCCACUGAAGGUUCAUAUAAAUAGCAUAAAGUCGUACGUUCUUCCUGUCUUACCUCCCUACGUCAAAAAUGAGGAGGAGCAGCUGGCUCACCUCCUCUACGUAGACAACACCUUCCGCAACUUCAUGAGAUGCCUGGACUGCUGCGAGAUCACCCCCACCGAUUUUGAAAUAAAAGAGAAGGGCACAAAAACGGUUACCCUAUUUUAUAAACAUAAAUACAUUGGGCUCCACAAUAUGCCCCUGAUAAUUGACGUGGAAAAUGGAAAAGUGCUUCCCCUCAAUUUAAGUUCCCUGACAUUUCCACCCCAAGUGCCUCCUAUAUAUUUGAUGAACGUGAAGGUACCGAAAGAUGUGCACAUGUACAGCUUCCUUGUGGACCUGAAUGAACACGUCUUGGACCUGAAAAACGAGUGCAUCAUAAACAUUGACCUCCUGAAUGAUAGCGAGUUGGAUAUCCAUUACGCCGUAGAGCGGUGCAGUCAUUUGGUGGUUUUAAAUCCCAAGGGGGUUAUCAAAAGGCGCAAGUACAUUUCCCUCUUCAUUUUGGUUUCGAGACUUUCCCCGACUAUAAUUAGCGAAAAGUUGAUACUGAGGCCGCACUUUAGGCACCUGAACAGGGACAUAGAGCUAGACAAAGUCAUGAUAGAACUGACGCUAAACAGCACAUCCGAUAAUGUGUACAAAGAUGCCCACAAAACGAUCAACGUUUUCAACAACAAAUGCAUUGAUGACCUCCCUGGACAAGGCAUCAAGACCUUCUGCUCCAACUUCAUCCCCGCCUACUCAUACAUACACGCUCAGAACAAACUGUUUUAUGUCUCACCAAGCUCGAUAAAUAUUCUCUAUGCCCCGACCAAUUCCAUCGUCGAACGGAUUGUCAUAAUAAAAAAUUACUCAUCAUCCAGGAACCUAAAAUUUAAAAUACCUAACAAAAACACCCUACCUGGAAACGUUUUAAAAAUAACCCCCAACAAAGGGGUCAUCAAAAGGGAGGGACAUAUCAUUCUCAGGUUUACCUUCAUUCUGAGUGACAUAUUGUUAGACAUCGAGGGGAACAUUCAGAUAGAGCUCAAGUACGUACAAGACCAAGUGCCAUCGCAAGGGAAGAAUGAAGAGGACAGAGGAGGUCUACGAAGAUACGAGGGACAAACAGGGGCAAACCGAAGAGCCUAA